UGUCAAUAUUGUCAAUGUCAAAGUCAUUUUGUGAUCUUGUGCUUCGUGAAGUGCCGGUUUUGUUUUCGUAAAAACGAAAACUUUAAAGAACUAUUAUUGAAUAAAAUAUAAAACACAGUAAGAUGGCACACAGUCAUUGUCAUGAUGGUCAUCAUGACCACGAUCAUGCUGACUCAGAUGAAAUGGGUAUACAAUACAACUUGUUUGAGAAAAUCGAUAAAGAAAAUUUAGAAUGUCUGAAUGAGAGUAUUGAUGGAGCUGGUAAAACUGUAUUCAAACCAUGGGACAAGAGAUUGGACAGGACCAAUUUUGUAGAAAGCGACGCAGAUGAAGAGCUACUUUUUAACAUACCUUUUACUGGAAAUGUUAAACUCAAAGGCAUAAGAAUUUCUUCUGAAGAUACUGAUGCGCAUCCAGCCAAAUUAAGAUUGUACAAAAAUAGACCAAAUAUGACUUUUGAUGAUGUGUCCAUAGAACCUGAUCAGGUUUUUGAACUGCAAAGGGACAGUGAAGGCGCUCUUGAGUAUGCUCCAAAAGUUGUUACAUUUUCUUCUGUAUCACAUCUGUCUAUGCACUUCCCGAGUAACUUUGGCGCUGAAAGUACUAAAAUCUACUACAUUGGUCUAAAAGGAGAAUGGACACCAGGACAUAGGCAUGGGGUCACCAUCUGCACAUAUGAAGCAAGACCAAAUUUAGAUGACCAUAAAUUAAAACAUUUGGAUUCUGUUGCCAAGCAUAUUGAUUGAUAAAAAGUGUACCUAAUCGGUCUAUACCUUGUAUAUAAUGUAUAGCACUUUAAAAUAAAUUAUUCAAACUAAA